CCCGCCCCCGGGAGGGGGAGGUCACGUGUCGCGGUGCGAGGUGCAAGAUGGCGGCUCGGGCAGCGGCGGUGUUGGGUUUGCUCGGCGGGCGGCGGGGCCUGGGCCUGGUGGCUACUCGAGCCCCCGGCUCUGCCCUGGCUAUGGGCCGCAAACACAUUCGGGGGAUGGCCUCGGGCGGCAUCCCAACUGAUGAAGAACAGGCAACAGGAUUGGAAAAGAUCAUCAUGGAGGCUAUGAAAGCCGGGAAGGAUCCCUACAAUGUGCUGAAACCAAAGGAGUACGCUGGGACAAAGAGUGACCCCCACAUUGUCCCAUCCAUCACCACCCAGAGGAUUGUGGGCUGCGUGUGUGAGGAGGACAACACUGCAGUCAUCUGGUUCUGGCUUCACGAGGGCGAUGCCCAGCGCUGCCCAUCCUGUGGGGCUCAUUACAAGCUGGUUCCUCACAAGCAUUGAGUGGAGCUGCCUUCAUGGUUCGGGACCUGACGAUCACCACUCCGUGGGCAUCUAUCUGCCCGGUGUAUUGUAUUGUUUACACAAGUAUAAAAUAUUAAAUAAAUCUUAUGUCCACA